UUUCACGUCGUUAUUUUAUUUAUCAUUAGAUAAGUUCUAUAUCAUAGUAUAGAAGAAAUGUUAGAUAAACAGCCUUUUAAAUAGAGAAAAGUGAAUUAACAUUAAUAACAUUACUGGUCAAGGAACUUAAUCGCGUUUUAACAAAUAUCUCCGUUAUGCCAACGGUAUACAAAUCGUCGCUGAUUGGCCGCCUUUACCUUAAGCAGGAAGUGUACGAUAAAUCGAUACCACAACGUUUAUAUCUUCCAUUGAAUCACAGGCAAAAAGAUUGUUUCUCAAGGAAGUAAAUAUAAACAUUCAGGGGUAGAUCCUUGUUUAUAACCAUGUAUGGAAAUUUAAGCAAUCCGGAAACAAGUACCUGUAUAGAGGGUUCACAUUAACCACAAAGUUCCGUAAUGAUAUGAUAUUUUAUCGGGGAAAUUCUACACGGUCACAAAUGUGGGAAGGGGGAAUUUUCAGUGUAUGAUGUAUAGCGUAUAAAAAUUAACUCAUUAUUACUUUGACAAUUCUACGAGGACGUAUAACGAUUUAUAAUUUAUUAAUAUAGGUUUUGAACGUUAUAAAGGGGGAAAUUAUGUUUCCUUUAUAGAUUUAUAUAUAGUCUAUGUCUCAUGAUUAAAUCGUUUUCCCCAGUAUGAAAUUCUAAUUUUUGGAACAUUUCCUUAUUUGACUAAAUCGGUGAAUAUGAUUUACGAGUGAAUGCUGAAAUAGAACUAUAAACUAUUGUGUAUGUAUGUAAAAAAUUAGGAACAUUUGCUGACAUGAGCAUUUCAGUGUGGAUAUUGUGAUUCGUAGGAAAAAGUCAUAUCGGAAAACUGAGCAGAGUUCACGAGAUGCUUAGAUUUUAUGACUCGACUUAAGAUAUGAGUCGGCCAUACAGUGACAUCAUGGCUGUAUCCUUAACUGUGAAUUUUUGUGUUCUCUUCUUUAACAUUGUACCGAGACUGCAUUCAAAGGUGCUCACAAUACCUACAUUGAGGAAGUAUACAAGAUUGAUAACCGUAUGCAGACAUUAUACCGACACACCACAAGAUCUUGCCAGAAUAUUAACAAAUCAGAUUUUGCUAUGGCUUCUCGUAUUGUGCAGUCUUUUCGCCAUUUGUGCCAGUGACGUCAUCAGGUAUCCGUUUCAUUCAGAGAUUUCAAGAAAUUGGCAGACAAUUUUUGUUGAAACCCUAUUUGCAGUGAAUAUUGGAAGAUAUAUGUUCAUAGUAUCAGAAAAAUUUCUCUUCAAACGGACGACAACCAAAGUUCAGUUUAGAGCAGAUAUCGUGCAUCAUUUCGUGACAGUUACUUGUUAUGUACUAUUUUUAGCAUAUGGACAAAAUUUGCUGCUAGGACUUGUGGGUAUUUUGGUCGAAUCUACCUCAAUACUCGACGAAGUAGGACGCUUCUGUAAAGAACGUGAACGCCGGAAUACAUUAUUCUACAAAAGAUUAGUCGUAGUAAACUGUGUAGGAGUCAUUUGUUUUAGAGGUGUUAUACCGGCAGUGUUUCUUGUCAUUGCCAUGUUUCAACAAAGUCCAUUUACAAUGCAUUAUGCUCCACUCAUGCUAUUUUUUCUCAGUAUAAUAUUUUUUUCUGUUAUAAACGUAUGGCAAAUGCUUUCAAGCAUUCAACGAUUAAUGAAACGUUUUUAUGACAAAACAAACGAAUUACCUUCAAGUGAGCCGGAAGUUGGUCAAAGUCAAGGAACGCUUGUAAGACACAAUCCAAGGAGAUCAAGUCGUAAAAUUAAACUUGCAAAGAACAAUCUGGGAUACCUGCGUCCAUAUGAAAACAAAAAUAUUGCAAGCUGCACUGAUGAAAAAUAUAACCUAAACAAUCGUAAAGAAUUUGCAAAGGAAACUGUUGGUGCACACGUUAAUCCUGAAAUGUUUUUUACGGUAAACAAAUUAAAAGGUUUCUGUUCGGAUAUAGAAGCAGCAGACCUUGUUUCCGGUGGACAAGCUUUACAAACAGACACUCUUGAAUAUAGAAAUAAUACACAGUUGAAUAGAGUACCAACGGUUUUGUUUUAUUCUGGACGAAGACCUUUACGGGAAAGUGACAGUACAAACGAUUCUUCACACUCCGACAGUGUACUUAUAACCGGAACUUUACGAAACAGUAAUAGUAGUGCCGUUAACACGUCAUUAAAUAAUAGCAAUGGAAGAUACAUUAGUGGUGGUGAUCUAGAGUAUUUGGUAACCGAACCAAGACAUAAUAUUGUAAGAAGUAUAUCCGCCGGUAAUAUAGACAAUACAUGCAGAGAGUCUGUAUAAGUGACUACCUCUAUAUCAAUGAGGAAGAGAUUGCAUAUACUGUCAUUGAUAAACAAACAGGUUGUUGUUUUUUUUGUGCCACAAAAAUCAAAAUCUCAUUUUGCUGGAUAUUAUUUUAUUUAAAAAUAAGGUUGUAUAAAUAGAUGAUGAAGUUUUAAGGUACAUAUGAAGUCAUUAAAUCAUAUUUGCAUAAACAUUUUUAGUUCAACAUAUAAAAUAGAGGAAAUAAACAGAAUCUCUAAAUAACGCCCAAAACGGCAAAACUGAAAAUGUUGUAGACUCGGUUGACAUAAGCCACGGAUUAGAAAUACUUUACAUUCCAUUUUCAGUAUCCACAUCCCCUGAAGGCAAUAACAUCAAUGCGUAUCUUAUAAAUCGAAGUUCAUAGUAUAAAAUAAUCAUAAUAUUAUUCAUGAAAGUUGAAUCGAGCCAGAUAGGAAUAAUUCAACAUAAGAAGGAGACUUGUGAUGGUUUAUAUUUGCAAAUUUCGUCCUAGAAAUACACGAGAAGGAUAACUUAAACCAUUGUGAGCACUGCAAUUGAAUACAGAGGGCUUUCAGACGUGAUCAUCGUUUGCGUCAAGCAUAACUGUUAAAACGGGCAUUUACAUGUAGUAUGUUUGUAUUGCUUAUUGUAAAACAAUAGCAAAUAAUGUUAACAAAAAUACGUAAUUAGAUAUAUUUACUAGUCGUUAUUUGAUUAUUGAUUUAUAGAUUUCGGUUUAGUCUAUAUAUAGUAAACUAAUUAAAUAAUUUUAGUAGAUAAUUGGUGUAUUAUGUUAAAAGUAACUGUAGCGGAGCUAAAAAGAAAAUCUUAUCUAACAGGAAGUGUCACACCACGUCAUCUGUUAGGUUGGUUAUCUAGUUAAUGACAUAAUGGAAAGUAAUAGAAAAAAACCCAAAGUUUAUUGUAAGGUUUAUUGUUAUAAUUACUUUUAUGAAAUAAAUGUGUACUUUUAAAUUAG